GCUCGUAUUAGGCACCGGAUGUUGACAAAGAAGAGUAAGACCGGCGACCAUGCCUGCUCGUGGCCACAUGCACCACGAGCUGCGUGGGCCGCGUUCAGCACGGGCCACGAUCACCCCGGGCCACGAUCACCCCGAGCAGACAGAGGCCAUCGGGAACAAGACGGAAGAUGCGAUGAAGCCUCGCGAAGGUCGCGCCUGGCCGCGACCGACACGGACUCUAGCUUCGAUGAACUCCGGCGAAGCGGUUGAAGGUCCCGUCUGGUCGCAACCGAUGCAGACUCCAGCGUCCAUGAAGUCGGGCGAAGUGGCCGAAGGUCCCGUCUGGCGGCACCCGAUGCAGACUCCAGCGUCCACGAAGUCCGGUGGAGCAGUCCAAGGUCCCGUCUGGUCGCACCCUAUGCAGACUCCUGCGUCGUUCAAGUACGACGAAGUGGCCGAAGGUCCCGUCUGGCGGCACCCGAUGCAGUUUCCAGCAUCCAUGAAGUCCGGCGGAGCGGUCGAAGGUCGGCCCGCACGUCAACACGUCUGGCGGCACCCGAGGAAUAUUCCAGCGUCCAUGCUGUCUGCGGGGAGCCGCGAUGGUCGACCGGAGGAACGUCGACUACCAGGGUCGGGACGACGGGGACUGCCGGAGCCGGCGAACGACGAGCAGGAAUACUGGCGAAGGCGACAGGCUGAGGGUGUAGCGCAGGGAACACCACCUAUUGAUGGUAUCUUUCCUGCAUUCCGGCGGAACACCCUCAACCUGUCGCGCGCCUGCCUCACCUUCAUCGUCUUAGUUGUCGUUGUCAUCACCUGCUACAUCAUCGCCACGCGGAUCAUCUUCCUCGCCCAGUGGUCCCCGUCGGCCCUGCUGAACAGCUUCUACGGGCCCUCCCGGACCAGCGCUACCCAAGGCACCCAGCAGCCAGCCAUGUGGCGGUAGCCGCCAGAAUCCGGAGUGGCUGUCCCUUGCAGCUGCCCUAGGCAAUAUAAGCGUG